AUGUGGACUGUGUGCCUACCAGGAUGGGGAGCCGCAGCUGUAGCAGGUGUUUUACUCCUGUACGGCAGUCUAGAUGUGGCAUACUUCGCGAGGAUGAUGUACACUGUCGCUAAAGCGCGGUAUUACAAGAAGAAGGCCUGUAUAUUGGACACUACGCAAGUGGAAUCAUGGUGUCUUCUCAACGACGUAGAUACUUUGCUGUAUCAUAUGAACAACGCACGGUAUUUGCGUGAGUUGGACUUCGCCAGGGCGGACUUCUACGAGCGUACUGGAUUAUACUCCAGUAUAAAAGCUGCCGGAGGUGCUGUGGCGAUAUACUGGGAUGAAAAGACGGUGUUUAUGGAACACGAGUUCGUGGGUCCCGGUGGGUUCGUUCACGCCGUGGCGGUGUGUAGGCAACGUGUCAUAGACACGUCGGCGGCCGCCAUCGCUGAGCUGCUGUUACAACUGCACUGCGCCGGCGCAUGCAGACCACCACCUUCCAAGAUGCCGCCUGAGGUAAUAGCGUAAAGUUUGCAAACAUCAUUCAGCUGAAGUUUGUGUCCAUAAUUAUCACCAGCCUAUUAAUCCUGGGGCUAAGGCCUUCCCUAUUCGAUCAGAUCAGAUCGAAUAGGGAUAAUGGGUCACGACCCACCACGCGGGUCUAUUGCAAAUUAGUGGGUAUUAACGAUUGCAGAUGCAGCCAGGACCAAUGGCUUAACGUGCCUUCCGAAGCAGAGAGGAGCUCGAGAUAAUAAAUUUUUGGCAACCCAUCUUAUGAUCGAUCAAUGCAAAAAUUGCUUAACAACAGGAUCGCAAGCCGACCCUGCUAAAAACUGCGCAAUCGAGUUCGUCGAUCGAAGUUUGUGUAAAAAACAAUAAAAAAUGAAUGAAAAGUGUAUCAGAUUAUAA